AUGGCCACUAAAUUGCAACAUCAAUUAUUAUCAGCAAGAAAUUCUUUAAAACAAAAAGAAAAGGAGUUAAAUCUUGAACAAUUGAAAAAUAAUGAACAGUUUUGGAUUAAAAAUUAUAGACCUGCCAAUCUCAAUUAUAUAAAAGUAGCUGACAUUUGUAAAAAUUUAGAAAUUAUGAAAGGAGAUUACAAAAUAUAUCUGAUAGAGAUUAAGGAUAUUAUGAAAUAUUAUAACACACCAAUUAAUGUGCCAUUUAAAAAUCAAAAUCCUUUCAAUGGUCGGAAACCUGGUGCUAAAGUAGAUGCAAUAAUUGGCUAUUGA